UAGGAUAAUUUGCAGUAGAUGGUUAAUUUUGUCAGAUUGUACUGUACACAUGCUUUCUCUUUAAGAGGAAUAGUUUUAAAAAUUGUUCGUGAAUGAAGUGUUGAGCUCCCCCCGGUACUUUAAGCAGUCUUGAUGACUCAAAGAACUAGGAAGUGAUUUAAUUGUCAUAAAGCGCUGAUGGAUGUUUCUUUACAUCAUUUUUCAUAGUUUUGCGGUUCGUAUUAAUGAAAAUGAGCGCGCCUGACUACAUGCAGUGUGCUGAGGACCACCAGACACUUUUGGUGGUGGUUCAACCUGUUGGUAUUGUUCCUGAUGAGCAGUUCUUCAAAAUCUACAAGCAGAUCUGUGUAGUGAACCAGAUCAGCAUUAGAGAUUCACAGCGAGUCUUAUACAUUCGCUAUAGGCACCACUAUCCACCAGACAAUAAUGAAUGGGGUGAUUUUCAGACCCAUCGCAAAGUUGUGGGAUUGAUAUCCAUAACAGAAUGUUAUUCUUCAAAAGACUGGCCUCAGACUUGUGAGAAGUUUCAUAUGCAAAAAGAGGUUUAUGGUGCCACACUGUACGAUUCACGCUUGUUUGUGUUUGGAUUGCAGGGGGAGAUAACUGAUCAACCCCGCACUGAUGUGGCUUUCUACCUAAGCUAUGAUGAAUGCAAUACAAUUGCAAAGAAAGUAGAGGAUUUUAUUGAGUCCCUUUCAAUUGUGCUGGAAUCCAAGCGUCUUGACAGGGCAACUGACAAAUCAGGAGACAAAAUUCCACUGCUUUGUGUGCCAUUUGAGAAGAAAGACUUUGUUGGCCUAGAUACUGACAGUAGGCACUACAAAAAACGAUGCCAGGGUCGAAUGCGCAAACAUGUUGGGGAUCUGUGCCUUCAGGCAGGCAUGGUGCAGGAUUCGCUUGUGCACUAUCACAUGGCUGUGGAACUUCUGAGAUCUGUGAAUGACUUCUUGUGGCUUGGAGCUGCCUUGGAAGGACUGUGUUCUGCCUCUGUUAUUCAUCACUACCCUGGUGGUACAGGUGGAAAGUACCGAGCUAGUAGGUCAUAUGGCAACUCAGGACCUGCGGAGGCAGGCAAACGGCACAGACCAGGGGCACAGGAAGUUCUCAUUGAUCCAGGUGCCUUGACUACCAAUGGUAUCAGUGCUGACACCAGUACAGAAAUAGGACGUGCCAAGAACUGCCUUAGCCCUGAGGAUAUCAUUGAGAAGUACAAAGAGGCUAUAUCUUAUUAUGGCAAAUAUAAAAAUGCAGGAGUGAUUGAAUUGGAAGCAUGUGUGAAAGCUGUCAGAGUGCUAGCAAUUCAGAAGAGAAGCAUGGAGGCUUCAGAAUUUCUGCAGAAUGCUGUAUACAUUAAUCUUGGGCAGCUGUCAGAAGAGGAGAAGAUUCAGCGGUACAGUAUUCUGUCCGAACUGUACGAGUGUAUUGGUUUUCACAGAAAGUCAGCAUUCUUCAAACGUGUAGCUGCUAUGCAGUGUGUUGCUCCUACUAUACAAGAGCCAGGUUGGAGAGCAUGCUAUAAACUGCUACUGGAAACACUUCCUGGUUACAGUCUCUCCUUGGAUCCUCAAGACUUUAACAAAGGAACUCACAGAGGCUGGGCUGCAGUGCAGAUGCGAUUACUUCAUGAACUAGUUUAUGCCUCCAGAAGGAUGGGGAAUCCUGCUCUUUCAGUCAGGCAUCUAUCUUUCCUGCUGCAGACUAUGCUGGAUUUCCUUUCUGAUCAAGAAAAAAAAGAUGUAACCCAGAGCCUGGAAAACUACACAUCAAAAUGUCCUGGUACAAUGGAAGUCCUCACUCUUCCUGAUGGUUUGAAACUGCCUCCAGUUCCAUUCAAUAAACUGCCUAUUGUCAGAUCUGUGAAGCUUCUAAACCUUCCCGCUAACUUGCGACCUUGGAAAGUGAAAAGUGUUUUGGGUCAGAAUAUGACCACCAAGAGCCCCUUUAUUUAUUCACCUAUUAUUGCACAUAAUCGUGGAGAAAACCAGCAAAAGAAAAUAGAUUUCCAGUGGGUACAGGGAGAUGUGUGUGAGGUUCAGUUGAUGGUGUACAAUCCAAUGCCUUUUGAAUUACGUGUGGAGAACAUGGGUCUUUUGACUACUGGUGUUGACUUUGAAUUCCUUCCGGCUGCCCUUUCCCUUCCUGCUGAGUCUGGGCUUUAUCCAGUAACUCUUGUUGGUGUACCUAGGACUCCAGGGCAGAUCAUUAUUGAUGGUUAUCAUACAUCUGUGUUUGGGGUAUCAAGUGACUGCCUUUUAGAAAACCUUCCAGGUUUAAAGACCAACGGCUGUACUGUGGAGGUGAUUCCAGCACUUCCCAGGCUGCAACUUACCUCAUCUUUGCCACGAUCUGCUCAUGUACUGCAACCAUCCCUGGGAAAUGAAGUCUCUACAAAUGUGGCUGUCCAGCUUUACAAUGGAGAGUCUCAGAAACUUGUUAUCAAAUUGGAAAACACUGGAACAGAACCUCUGGAAACUCUGGAAGUUGCAUCAAAGACUACCAGUACUAAAGAAAAAUUGUAUGGUGACUUCUUGAGUUGGAACAUUGAAGAUGUUCUAUCCCAGCUUCCUUUGAAACCAGGUAAAAUUGCAACUUUCACUGUCAACAUCAAGGUGAAGUUGGACUUUUCUUGCCAGGAGAAUUUACUACAGGACUUGAAUGAUGAUGGAAUAAGUGUUACAGGGCUGCCGCUUUCAAGUCCUUUUAGACAAAUUCCCAAACCUAGAGCAGAUACCAAGCCUAUCAAUCCUCCUGAGAGUAGCAAAGGAAGUGAUUUAAGCCAAAGCAAGACAUUGGAUGCCAUCUUGAACUUUAAAUACUCAGGAGGUCCAGGUCAUGAAGAAGGUUACUACAGAAAGCUUGCUCUGGGCCUUCACAUAGAAGUAGAACCAUCUGUAUUCUUUACACGUGUCAGUACUCUUCCUGCAACAAGCAUUCGACAGUGUCAUCUGCUUCUUGACAUUUUCAAUUCGACAGAACAUGAGCUGACCAUUAGUGCUAAAAAUAAUGAGGAUCUUGUCCUGCAUGCUGCAGAGUGUCAGAGGAUGGCUAUACAAGUGGACAAAUUUAAUUUUGAUAACCUUCCAGAACCUCAGGGUGAACGGUUGUUGUUUGCAAACCAGAAGCAGCUAGAAGAAGAAAAACAGUUGGUCCAGGGCUUUGAAAUUAACAGCAAGUUGGAUAUCGGUUGGAAGAUCCCAUCAUUGAAACGACAAGGAGAAGCAAGCGUAGAGGGAGUCCUCAAUCAGCUGGUCCUCGAACACUUACAGCUGGCUCCUCUGCAGUGGGGUGAGUAUGGGACUCUGGUGCACUGA